UAUUGAGUACUCGGUACUCAGAUCUUGGGUAUGUUGCAAGAUCUGUCAAAAUUGAAAAAGGCUACGUUGUUUGUUUGUUGACAGCCAUCUGAUGAUUUAAGCUUUAUGAUGGUGGAACUAAAAACUAUGGAAGAGUCCGAUGUGUCUGACUUUGCAGAAUUUUUUGUAAAACAAAAUAUGACAAUUGGCGAUCAAAUUCAAGAUUUGUCAAAGCGGCUGCAUAAUAUAUCGGAUAACUUACAAGAACAAGUACGUAAAAAUCACGGAGCACUCUUACAACAAGCAACACAUGCUGGACGCUUUGAUGCCGCACUUAAUGUGCUAGUAACCGAUGUGGACGCAAUAAAAGCUACGGGUCAACGCUUGAAAAAUCAAGUGGACACCCAUUAUAGUAUAGUAGAGAAUCAAACAAAAGUUUUGGCACGCUUGCAUGAAUUGUCUCAUCUUCUUCGGUCAGCUGGAACAUUACUUACAUUAACUACGAAAUUAAAGAAUACAAAGGAUGUAUUGAAACAAGCAGAAAUUCAUUUUGAAUUGGCUCCAUUGGUAGACGACAAAGAUUUGAAGGAUAUAGAUUUCAUACAAAGUGAGAGAACAUUCGUUAUUAAUUCCAGACAAAAAAUACGUAAUUUGACACAAAUGCAACUGGUGACAGGACUACAGGAACGCAAUGAAAAUCAAGUUAUUAAUGCAUUAAAGAUUUUUAUAAAUUUUAAUACCUUAGAUAAAUCACUUGAAAAUUUGUUAGCUACUUUUAUCACUGAUUUAGAGCAAUCCUUAAAAGAAUGUUUUGCUGGGAAUGAUAUAACAGUGCUAGCAAGACCAGAAACAAGUAAAGCGGCUGCUGCAAAUUUAAGCAAGCCUAGCAGUGUGAUACGUGGCCCUGGUAAAGCACCUCAAUUAACAACAACACAAAAUUUUCGUGCUAAAUUUUGGAAAUCACUGCAUUGGCUUAUUUAUGAUGAACUUUAUGAAACCUGUGAGCAAAUUAAAUUGCUUAAACGUGCUUUGGAAAGUGUAAAUCAAUUUGGUUACAUUUUAGAAAAUGAGCAGUCAGUACAAAAACGCUUCUGGCAAUCAGUACAGAAGUUGCUGCAUGAUUCAUUCACAGAAUGUCCCGCACAUGUAUCACAAACAUUGCAAGAAGGUCUCUCAAAAUUAAUGACGUCUGCAAGAGGUUUAGAACAGCGCCUUAAUCAGGAAUUUUUAUUUGAUAGCCAUAUUUUUAUAUCACUAGAAGUAGGUUAUGUGACUAAGUGUACAGCAAAUAUGAGAGCCACUUUAGCAGGUGUUGAUUUGCCAUCCAAUGAAACUGUAGACAAUUUCAUAAGAGUUACUUCGACAGAACUAAGUGCUGCACUAGUUGAUGAACAACUUUCCAAUUCUAUUUCAAAGGUUUUCAUUGCUUGCAGCAAAGAGUUAUGUACCAAACUAGAAUCACAAAUAAAAUUGGGUGCUGAUUCCAAACAAGUAGUUGAUAUGCCAAACUUUCAGCAAACUCAAAAUAUAUUGCUGGCAAAUAUAUUGUAUUAUUAUAAAGACUCUGUGCGACGAAUGCUUGUUGACUUACAAGGACAAUUUUCUAAACUGAAGACUACUGCACACACUGAUAUAAACAAAUGCUUAGAACAAGUAGAUUUGCUAAUAAGUACCAUUCUUCAGCAAAUCAUGGAUUCUAUCAUAUCUACUAUUUGCAUUAUUAUUUUAAGUAUGCACCGUGAACCGGGCUUAAAUUCCGAAAAGAUUCCUGUUGCUGGCCCAUCUAUGUACAUGAAAGAAUUACAGGAAUUUGUAUUACGUUCUUGGACGAAUCAUAUUGAACCAUUUGAUGACAAAGAAGUUUUAUAUAAAUGUGGUCAAGAAUUAGCUAAACGUUGCAUUGAAUUAUUUAUACAUAACGUUAGUAUUUUAAGACCCAUUAGUAAUGCAGGUCGACAGCGUUUAAAAAAUGAUUGUAUCUUUAUGGAACAGGUGUUGAAACCUAUUUGUCUCAAUAUUUCAGAAUUAGGAAAUCCAGCGCGAUUAUUACGCGCUAUGUCUUUUUUGAUAGUACAGCAACCAGAUGAAUUAAUAAGUCAAACAGUUGGUCCAGAUUCAUUAGUACCUAGUUAUAUAGUAUUGUUUCUGUUAUUUGGACAUGGUUCAUUGGAAUUGCAAAGUCCACACACAACUGCAAAUUGGUCAAAUGAACGCUUAAUUGAAUGGCUUGAUGGACAUACAUCAGAGCGUGAGAAGCUAGAACUAAUUUCUGGCGCCUUGCAACGGUAUCGAGACACUGUUAGAAGAAAAAACAGCGAACAGUAUGAUGAAGUUUAUCCCUUAUUGGUAGAGUUUUUUGAAAAAGCUUUAAAAGCAUAUGCUUAAUUUCAAAUUAAAUUUAAAUAUUUUAAUUUUAAAUA